AUGGCCAGCGAAAGCGACAACGAUUGCGGCGUUCGUAGUGCUGCAGCCGCGUCUGAACUCGAAUUUACUGGUAUUAAGCGCGUCGAGGUUCAGCGUCUUCCAACGCAUCUAAACAAGGUUCAGGCCGGAGAAGACGAUGAAGAUGCGCUGUUAUUAGCUUUAGCUCAGCCAGUGGACAGCACCGACCCGCUCUCCUUUCUCUGUUGCUGCAAGUUGAAACGGCUCGGACAGAGCUACAUUCUCCACGAACGACGUGAUGGCGUCACGAUGGAGACCAAGCUCGUGAUUGUAGGGCCCCAUUGGAUCGGGGCCUUGAUCACGUUUGGUAUUGUUCUGGUGUCCACGGGCAUAUUCCUCUCCCAGCAUGUGGCAACGAUGCCAUGGUACGACACAGUGAUGAUGUUAGGACUCUGUAGUAUGACGCUCUACUAUCUGUUCCAGACAACGUGCUCGGAUCCAGGCAUUGUACGGCCAGAGAAAAAGGUGAUUCUGACUGAAGACGAGAGUGAGGUAGCGGAGUUGGAAGCUGGCAACGUUGCAACAAUGGAAAGCUCAAUGGAGAUGCAGACUGGUGACUUUGGUUCACGCCGGCGCCGAUCGAGACAUCGGUUUUGCGAUAUCUGCGGCAUCGAGCAGGACCGGUCAACAGAUCAUUGUGACGACUGCGGAGUAUGCGUGGCUGGCUAUGACCAUCACUGCCCAUGGAUGGGCAAGUGCAUUGGUCGAGGCAACAUACAUGCCUUCAAGAUGUUCAACAUCUCGUGGGUCAUCUACGUCGCUUUUGUGCUUUUCGUCGCCAUCACUAGACUUGACUGGGAUCAAGCUGCAGUGUAA